GAAAUAAAAAUAAAAAUAAAAGAAAAGAAAAGAGGAGAGUCUGGAUUUGGCUGAGCUCAGUUGAUCAGAGAUUAUUUAUUUAUUUAUUAAUUAUUAUUAUUAUUAUUAUUUGGAGCAGAAAAUUUAAAAAACUUUCCCUAGAAAGUUUUGAUUUUGAGGGAAAAUAUGGAAGUUGAAAGGGAUUCAAUUGUCUUCUUCUUCUGCUAAAUGACGAUCCUAAACCUAUGCAGACCGUCUCGAGACUUGUAUGAUCUUUCAAUGGACCGCUGCUCGCGAUUUCUCCCCUGCCUUUCCGAUCCCGCUCGAAGAUCUGCUUUGGGUUUGAAGGUUUCCUUGGUGGUGCUUCAUUUGGUAUAUGCUGCUAUUCUUUUUCUUAUUGAUCGAGAUUUCAUACAAAAGACUAUAAGAGAGCCCUGGUGCACUUUGGCAUACUUGGUGCUCUUUGUUGCCACAUUGACUCAAUAUUUUAUUACUUCCAGCUCUUCUCCCGGCUAUGUCAUUGAUGCGAUACGGACUUUAAAUGAGUCAAAUGCAGUUUAUAAUAGAGCAGCAGUUUCCUCAAGACAGCCUGCUUCAAGCAAACAAGGAAGUGUGGUUGUGUCUGUAGACUCGAAUCAGACGGCGGGAAACAAUACAACAUCUUGGUCCAAGCUAGUGAUGGGCAUGUAUCCACCUGGAACCACCAUUAGAACCUUAACUUGCUCCUACUGUAAUAUUGAACAGCCUCCACGAGCAAAGCAUUGUCAUGAUUGUGAUAGAUGUGUCCUCCAAUUUGAUCACCAUUGCGUUUGGCUAGGAACAUGCAUUGGCCAGGGUAAUCAUUGUAAAUUUUGGUGGUACAUUCUUGAAGAAACAGCUUUGUGCGUUUGGACUGGAUUUCUUUACAUCGCUUUCUUGAAGUCUAAUAUAGCAAGGGCUUGGUGGAAGGUUGGACUCGUGAUAUUGCUGUUGAUCAUUUUAUCAAUUUCCUUGAUCUUUCUGGUCCUCCUCUUAGUUUUCCAUAGCUAUCUUAUCAUGACAAAUCAGACUACAUUUGAACUAGUAAGACGUAGACGCAUCCCCUAUCUAAGGGGAGUUGCUGGAAGAGUGCAUCCUUUCAGCGACGGGGUAUGCAGAAAUAUCUUCCGUUUCUGCUGUGAACGCUCCGGUAAGUACAGGUUGGAACCGUUGCCCACAGCUCAGGAACUUGAGGAAAAAUCAAGACCUUACACUUGUUUGGAUUGUGUAACCUGUCGUUGUUGCUAAUGUUCAUUGCAUUUUUUGUUUUUUUUUUUGGUUCUGGACUUUUGGUAAAAGAAGAAACUAAUGGGGGAGAAAGCAUAUGUUAAACACUGGUCCACAUAAUAGAAUGGCAUUAGAGAAAGCCAAGGAUGAUAAUAGGGAUUUAGGCUGUUUUUGUUUGUGAUAGAGUUGAUUUGUGUCACUAUUCUGUGAUUUUUGCUGGACUAACGAUUGUGGAUUUUGCUGUUAUAUGAACAUUCCAAGGCUUUUUUAAA